AUGAUAAGCAUAACGGCCAUAUUCCUAUGCAUGUACCACGUGGUACUAUCAGUGUUGGGAUGUGUAUUUUUUGAAAACUAUUUAUUCAAGGACUUUGACAACAGUUUCAGUAUUGUGAAAAUAAUUUUUUCUUGUUCAUUCGUACUAUGUCUAUCACUACUGUCUAUGAUUGUUUUUGAAAUUUUGGGCUUCAUAACGACAACAUUAAAGUUAUUCAUAUGGUAUAUCGACAUAGCUUUUCUGGUGUUAUUUAUUUAUUUAAUAAUUCCAAUUAGUUUAAUUUAUACUUAUGUUACUUAUGAUGAUGAAAAUACAGGAAAUCGUCUGUUUAAAUUUAAAUAUUUCUACACAACUUUAGCAAAAAUGAGGAAUAAGAAAAAAAAGUUUUUGUCUAAUGACAAUGAUAAUGAUGAUGAUAAAACAAAUUUUAUGAAAAAAUUGUUAUAUGUAAGUGAAGAUCUGAUUGUACAGAUGAAAAAUUAUAACAGAAAAAUUCGAAAUAAAAAUAAGCAGAAAAUUUGUAAAUUUUUGAUUGGUUGUUUCCUCAUUUUACCACUUCUAUGGUUUACUUUUUAUAAAAUUUCUAUGAUCACUUUGAAAAAUAAUAAUGAUAUAUAUGACAAGACAUCAGACAUUUAUGACAUAGGAAAUGUAUUACAGGAAAAGUUUAAAAUUAUAAAUAAAGAAUUUUCUGAAGAAUAUGACACAAAUAAUGAAAAAAAUAAAUUUUUUUUUUUUUUUUUUAAAUUAAUGAAGAAUUUAUUUAUUUAUAUAUCUGUUACUGGUAUGACUUUAGUUAGUGCACUUUCAGCAUUUACAAGUUUAUAUUCACCCUACACAAAUAUAAGUAUUUUCUUCUUUUUCGUAACAAUUAAAAAGGUUAAAAUCAUUGAAAACAAAAUAAAAUUUGUGACAAAUGAACUCUCCUUAAAGAAAAAAUUACUUGUCUUGUAUGAUCACCCCAAUUUAUUCGACAACUACUGUGCCAAAAAUAAAAAUGAUAUUUCCAUCCUCCAGGAAUCUCUUUCUCAUAGACAGAUACAUACCAGUACUUACGAUAAAAAUAUGCCAAACAAAAAAUACACUUCUUCCUCUUUUUAUAUGCAUUCCUUACAUAGAGAUAAUAACAACUCUAUCAACGAUUCCCGUAACACAAUCAAUAAUGAAAUUGAAACGCUGCAUGCACAUAUUGAUUAUAAUCAUACUCAGGUGGAUACUGUAAAGAGAUAUUCUCAUAACUUUCCUACAAGAAGUUGUGACUGUGUCAUGGGGGAGACGUUGAAUAAGGGAAUCAUACCAGGGAGGGAAAAAAAUAGAAACACGAUUAGCAGUAAAAAACAGGAAGAUGUUGAAUACAUUUGUAGCAAGCCAUUCAAAAAAUGCAACCUCUACCAAGGUUCGCAUAAAUCCAUUUAUAAAGAUAUAUAUGAAACGUUUAUGAAAAAGGAAAAUGACUUACAGGCCAUUCUGAAUGAAAGAGUGGACGAAUUGGAGAUGCAAUCAGGCAUAAACGAGUUGGAGAUGCAGGUAGAAGAAAAAACACAUCAUGACUUGGGGAAAUUCUACGAGACACACAUAAGCGGGGAACAUCACUACAUGGGUGAAAUGGAAAUUACCCAGAAACCACAAUCCAAGCUUCUUAAUAAUGCAAGAGGGGGAAAAGCAACUACAGAAAGAAGCCACGUCGAUGCGAACGAUACCACGUACUGGGUCUACAAUUCAAGAGAAAUUGGAUCAAACAGCAACUUCACUUCUCCAUCCUUCUAUGAAAAAAUUGGGAGCAAUAAUAACUACUCUCUGUAUAAGAGAUCUACCAAAUCAGGAAUCUCCACCGAAGAUAGAAAGCAUGUAUAUUACAAGGGUAGGUUUAUAUUUUUUAAAACAGCUCAAGAGGAGGAGGGGCAACUCCAUUCGCUCCACUCCCAGGAGGGCUACGAUGUUGGAAAUUCUCAAAUGGCGAAUGUUCACGCUCUGGAAGAUGAAGUGGAGGAGGAGGAGGAGGAGAAGACGAAGAAGAAGAUGGACUUGCCCUUAUUCUCAAAAUUAAAGAACUUUUAUUCCGUUAAAAAGUUCUUUCAAAACUGCGAAACACUACCACAUAAUAUUAUUCACAAGAGGGACGCAUGUGCUAGUGGAAAUGUGUAUUCUAGAAGGAAUAAGGAGAGCAUGGACUGCAGUAGCAAUGUUGGUAGGAAUCUGCACAAACGAUACAUCUCUAAUUUUCUGUUCAACAGUUUUGAAAAAUCUUACAAAACUUUUAAAAGCGUAAAAGAUUUCUUUACUCGAAAUAAGAGGAAUAUAAAAAAGAAGAAAAAAAAAAAGGAAAUUUUAAUUCAAGACAUAAAAUCAUUAGAAUAUAUGGCGAAAAAUUUAUACUUUCUCUUGGAUGAAGUGAUAAAAGAGCAAAUAAGAAUAAAUCACAGUUCAUCAUUUAAUGGUAUGUUAUUGUACUUGUUGGGCAUCCUUAUGUCUAUUUUGUGUGUGUAUAAAAUUAUAAAAACAUGUUAUAUUAUAUACAUGGUAGAAAUAUAUUAUCGAUUCAUAUCUACAUGCAGCAGUGGACAUGUACUUAUGUUAUUUUAUUCCAAAAACAUGAACAUUGAUUUUAUAAAUGAUAUAAAAAAUGUAUUACAUAUUGUACACAUAAAUAUUAAUUUGGAGAAUUAUGUUAUUUCAAUAACUUCCAUUUUAUUAUUAUGUUUUAUUUUUACAAAUUUAAAAUCUUUUAUGGAAAGAAUAAUUAAAUUAAGAUAUUCUGCCAAAUCUUCCCUCUACUCAAAUCUUGCAAUUCUUUUAAUGUGUGAAAUUAUGGAUUUAUAUUUUUCAGCUUAUUGCAUACAGCUCUUUGAUUACCUUCCCCUCAAGGAAAAAAUCAAAAUGCUUUACAUCUUCUUCAAUAACAAUCUUCUAAAUUUACUUAAGCUCAAGUAUCACUUCGACUUUGUCUAUGUCAUAUCCCUCGUUAUUUCACUCUUUUUGAUUCGCCUCCACCAUCUCCAUCGAUCCAACCAAUUCAGAGAAAUAUGA